AUGUACGGCACUGAAACGGUUUUUCGUUACGUGAAUUCCGAUUGGUUGACUGCGUGCGUCGAGUGGAGCCCGACGGGAGAAUAUUGUAAUAUCUGUGCAGCGAAAACUUCUAAUGUGGUUGUUGUAAUUGAGUUAGAAACUAGAACAUGGGUGACAGCGAUGACGAGUAUGAUCGAAAGCGUAGGGACAAAUUUCGUGGUGAAAGAACAGAAUCUUACCAGAGAGGUGAGGGUCGCCGUGGGGGUGGCAGUGAAGAUAGACGGAGGGACGAUUGGAUUGAAAGAGAUUCUUGGGGUGGCCGAAAUCGUCCUCGCACUGACUAUCGGGACUACAGAGGGGGAGGUAGAGAACGUUACAGCCCAGUUCGAACGCAUGACAUUUCACCACCAAUGAAACGUGUUCGAACUGAUUGGGAUGACAGGAGAGGAGCCGGGGGAUACGGCCAUGAGGGUGCUGGUGGUGGGUAUGGUGGAAACUAUGGUGGCUCUUGGGCACAUGAAAGCUAUAAUUCACAACAUUCUUAUGGAAAUCACUCCAGUAGUCAAAGCCGUGAUAUGCAGUCCAUUGAGACACAGCCUCCAAUGAUGUCAUUCAAAGCAUACCUGCAAACCCAGGAUGACAAUAUAACAGAUGAAGAAGCUAUCAGGAAGUACAAUGAAUACAAGUUAGAAUUCAAGAGACAGCAACUAAAUGAAUUCUUUGUGGCACAUAAAGAAGAAGAAUGGUUUAAAAUUAAAUAUCACCCUGAAGAUUCAGUGAAAAGAAAAGAAGAACAGAUGAAUGCUCUGAAGAAUCGUGUAAAUGUGUUUUUGGAAUUCCUCGACAAUGGUCGCCUGGACAAAGUUUCAGUGGAUGCUGAUCAAUCGGAACAAUUAAUUCGUCUUUUGGAUGCAGUUGUCAUACGUCUAGAAGGAGGUACAGACUUUGAUCUUCAGGUAUUAGAUGAGCCAAAAACAACAUCAACCUCUGCACAAAGUACUUCAUCCAACCAGCAAGGAAAAUCCAGUAGCUCAGCUCCACAGAAUGUGGAUAAACCACCUGAUCCAGAAGCUCCCACAGACUCUGUCAAACAGGAAGAAGAGGAGGAAUCCAAACCUUUCAUUCUUGGUGAAGAGGAAGAAAAGAAGAAAGAACGCGAGAAACCUGUCGAACAAGAGGUAAAGAAAGAUCCUUCACAGCCACUGAAAUUGACAAUCAGUUCUGAGCAAGUUGAGCUGCAGAAGAAAGCUAAAGAAUUUUUAAAACAAAGAUCCUUUGAAGAGGAAAGCAAUUCAUUAGUGCAGAACAAAAAAAGGAAACGAGAGUAUGAAUAUGAGAGUGGUAGUGAAAGUGGGGAUGAACCUCCACCACCAGGUGAAAGCAAUGAUAUAGAAGAGGAAGAACCACCUCCACCUGGAUUGGAAGAAUCGAAAGAUGACGAAAGUGAACUAGAAGAUGAUGAAAAAUCCAAAGAAGUCAGUUCACCAGAAAAAGCUGAGAAAAAUAAAUCUGAAGAUGAAGCAGAUGAAAAUAUGAUGGAAAAGGAAGACGAGGGGAAACAAGAAAAAACCAAAUCUGCUGAGUCAAAAAAAGAUGACAAUAUGGAAGAUGGUGAAGAGCCAAUGGAUAUAGAGGAUGCAGGAAAGGCUAGUGGAAAGUCUAGAGAGAAGAGUGAGGAGACAAAUAAGCCAAGGCCAUUACACCGCACAGCUUCUAUUUUUCUGCGCAAUUUGGCUCCUACAAUAACAAAACAGGAAGUAGAAGCAAUGUGUAAGAGAUAUCCUGGAUUCCUACGUGUGGCUAUUGCUGACCCACAGCCUGAAAGGAGGUGGUUCAGGAGAGGUUGGGUAACAUUUGAAAGACAAGUGAACAUUAAAGAAAUAUGUUGGAACCUCAACAACAUUCGGCUGCGGGAUUGUGAACUGGGAGCUAUUGUAAAUCGUGACUUAAGCAGGAGGAUUCGAACUGUAAACGGCAUCACAUCACAUCGCCAGGUUGUCCGAAAUGACAUAAAGUUGUCAGCUCGUAUAGUCCACAAUUUGGAUGCGAAAUGUGGACUGUGGCUUGAUGGAGAAAAUAGUAAUAAUAAAACAGAAUCAGCAGAAGCAGAUAAGAAGAAAGAUGAGCAGCAUGUUCCAUCUGCACUAUUGGACCAUAAGAAAGAUACUUUUGGACUGGUAUCCAAGAAUCCCAUAUUGAAAAACAUCACUGAUUACUUAAUUGAAGAAGCUUCAGCAGAGGAAGAGGAACUCUUGGGGCACAGUUCUGAACAAGAAGAGUCUCAACAAACAGAAGAAACAGCGACAGUGGAGCGAGAUGAAACUCUUAUAAAGGUGCUCGACAAACUACUUUUAUAUCUGCGUAUUGUUCACUCUGUUGACUACUACAAUCACUGUGAAUAUCCAAAUGAAGAUGAAAUGCCGAACAGAUGUGGUAUUAUGCAUGCCCGUGGCAUUCCUCCAUCUUCCAAGGUUACACCACAGGAGCUGAGUGAUUAUUGCCGUACAUUUGAACAGAAAAUUGCAUCAUUCCUCCAGCCAAUCACGCUGAUUUCAGAUGAAGAAUAUAACAAACUUGGGCAUAAAGAUCCUGACAUUGAAGUUGAGAAAUUUAUACAGGCAAAUACUCAAGAAUUAGCCAAAGAUAAAUGGUUAUGUCCGCUGUCUGGUAAAAAGUUUAAAGGACCAGAAUUUGUUAGGAAGCACAUUUUCAACAAGCACGCAGAAAAAGUUGAAGAAGUGAAGAAGGAGGUUGAAUAUUUUAACAACUACUUACGAGAUCCAAAGAGACCACAGCUGCCAGAACAUCCAGGGAAUCGACAGGGGAGAAAGGAUUCAGGAGCGGAUAGCAGAGAAGGCUUUCCUGCACCUGCUCCGUAUGUUCCUCAUUACCAGUAUAAUUAUGGGGGUCGUCACGCUGGUUAUGGAGGCCACGGCUUUGGAUAUGGUUAUAAUCAGGGCUACAACCAAGGGUAUGCAAGACCAAACCGGGGAGGAUACAGUCGCGGCAGGUAAGGGGUGGUGGUGAAUAUCGUCCAGUAAUUCAUUACCGAGACUUGGAUGCUCCAAGAGAACCUGAAGAGUUUAUUUGAUAUGAUAACACAAAUCAGUCUUUGUGUGCUUGGUAUUCUUUUAUGUAUGGUACUAGAAUGUGAUGUUGUCAGAACAGGCUUUAGUUUCUGCUGUGUUGCUAGAGACUGUCACCUCAACUGCAGCAAUUCACUUUUGUACUCACAUUAAAACUUAGCUGCUUUAGCCUCUUGAAUUAUUUCAGAUAUAUCUAUCAACAUUGACAGAAAUGUUAGGUGUUUAUAGUCCUUCACUAUAUGCUGCAAUGUGGCAAUGUCUUGCAUUUAAUCAUAGACAUAUGUAAGACAUACUGAUUGUUUUGUUGUCAUUAUGUAAAAGAAUAGUCUGCUAAUACUUCCAGUACAUCACCCCAGGGAACAUAUGCAAUUGUGAAAUUUUUUUACAAAGCUAGGAAGUAUUUAUUGUCUCUCACAUGUGUUUUGGUAACACAAGUGUGUGUGUGUGUGUGUGUGUGUGUGUGUGUGUGUGUGUGUGUGUGUGUGUGUGCGCGCGCGCGUGCACGCGCAUUUCUACAGAACAGGGAGGAGACUGAGACACUAAUCAAUGUAAUAUACAUCUUCCAUAAUUUAAGCAAUUUUCAGAGUAUGUUUAGCAAGUAAAAUGUUAUUUGUACAUUAUUUUUACCCCAACCAGUAUGAAAAUUAUGAACACUUUGUUCAUAGAAUUAAAUGGCUGUAAAUUUUCGUGCAAUGUGGGACAGUAUUUGAAAAUAUGUUAUGACUUUAAAUUACAUCUGCUGACAAUUUGAAUCCCAACACUUUUAAUGCUUGUAGCUGAUAGCAUUUUACUGCAAGAAGCAUUGAUCGUGAUGACUCAUGGGAUGAUAUGAAUUUCCCAUUUGUGAUGAAUAAAUUUAUGAUGGCUUACUUUUA